AUGUUCCUGGGUGAAGUAAUAGUCAAAUCAAGUCGAGGUGGUGCAACUUUUUAAACUAAUAUUACGUAAACGUUAUCUGUAUCAAACAUCACAAUAAAACAAAAUAAUGUAAAUAUUACUAUCUUAAAACAAAAUAAUUCAAAUAUUACUAUCUAACACCGACACCACAAGGGAAAUCAAUAAAAAAGAUUGCGUUGACACGUGACUAAACAGAUCCCGGUGAAAACUUGUCACAGGAUAGGAACGGAAGAAAUCACUUCAAACAGAAUGGAGCAAAAGGAAAUGCCACCACCAUACAGUGGUCCACCACAAGGUGCCCCACCACCUCAAGGAUAUGGACCACCGCCGCAACAAGGGUAUGGUCCACCACCUCCUCAGGGGUAUUACCCACAGCCUCAACCUGCAUAUGCCCCACCACCACAACAUUAUUAUCCACCACCACCACCACAACAAAUGCAGCAGCAGCAACAACAAACAACAGUUGUAAACAUUGGUGGUGCACAACAAUCGACAGUUUUAGUGCAACAAAGAGAACGGUUUGCUGACAAAAUCUGUUUGAAUAUUGUGAUUACACUGUUCUUUCCGUUUUGGAUAAUUGUAUGGAUUUGUAUGUGCAUUUGUGAAACUUAAAAAGACGAUAAGUUGUGAAGAUAGAAGAUAGUGCUUAUUGAGAGACAUAAUUUGUUCUAUUUCUAAUUUGUCAGGCAUUCUUAUUUAUCAAUGAUUACAAGGACUAUAACGAAAUAAAACUGCUGGACAUUUUUUUCGUAUAUGAUUCUGAGUGUACAUUCACAGGCACUUGUCUCUGAGUUUUUGUUUACCUAUAUACUUUAUACAGGUAAAUUUUCUUUCAGACAAGUGCUUGUGGUUAAACACAUCAAUUAUCUCUUUACAUAAUAUUUUUGAUUGAUAAUUAGAAAUAAAAAGACGUCCAAAUUGC